AACAACAAUGCUAAUUUUGAUAUGAAGCAAUUCAGUGAUAAAAAUCUUACGCCAUUCACUGUAAAUAUAAGUUGGCUGUCCGAUAGUAUAAAGCAUAAGCAGGCAAUGCCUGAAGACGAUUAUAUAAUCAAGUUUCCAGAAGAGAAAACAAAUACGAAAGUGAAACGAAAACUGGACAAUGUUCUAAAAACUAUUUCAAUGAAUGAUUCAGUUUGUCGACUAAUUCCAACUCCAAGAGAUGAGAAAUUAAAAGAAUUUGAACACCAAUCAAGAGUUAUGCAAAUGUAUAUAAGUUCAACUAGUUUGGUACAACUACAGGUAAAACUUAAUUCCACUAUCAGUGCUGAUCAAUCCACAUUUUCAUACUUAUCAAAUCACUCAUUUUAUCUAAGUGAAGAGCUUAAUGAUUCUGAGAGAAAUGAACAGUUAACUCUUAUUCCAAAUGUAGGAGGCCGUAUUACUAAUAAUGUGAAUGAGGCAAAAUAUAUAAUUGUUCCUCUCAAGUUAUUGAAUAGUAUUGAAGGCCAGAAAAAUGUGAAAUUGUAA